GCCGAGCGAUUGGAAAUUGCCAGGAGGAAGGAGGCGAAGCGGCAGGAGAUGCUCCUCCGGCUGGAGGUCGUGAACCAGACCGUCAGAAAGGAGUACAAAAAUUGCAUCCACUCUCCCGCCAAGGUCUCCUUCGACGUGGAGGUACAGGAGAUCGGCCAGCAUGCUGCGAAGUCUUCUUCGUCGUCUUCUUCGUCAACAGGAUGCGCCAAGCCGUCCAUUUUGAAGGGCAGCAAGUUUGGCAAACCUCAGAGUCAAGACGGAGCUGGGAAGCGUGGCCGUGGAGUUCCUUCCGGCGAAGACAGUCCGGGCUCCAGCGCCGACAGCGUCUACCCCGAGUUUGAGGGAGACGAUGAUGUCUUCUUCGAAGACUGCCAAGGUCUCCUACGGGACACCUUGACAAAUGGUCUGAAGCCACCGGAUCUUCAAUUGAACAACAAACGGCGCAACCAUUCAGUUCACUUCGGUGUCUACCCCGACUUUGAGGGAGACGAUGAUGUCUUCUUCGAAGACU